AUGUUCCAUCGCCAGCGGCCGGCCAGAGUUGCCUUGGUGCUGGCCGUGCUUUUUAUACUCUGGUAUGGGCUCGCCAACUUUUCCGCCGCCCGCAUCGCCGACGACUCGUUUCCCGGCGGUCCUUGGAAGCCUCUGAAGGGCACCACUUCCAAAUCGCGGCGGUCGUCCAUUGGCAAGAUUACCGUGGCUGCAAACUCGCUCAACUCGGAUGUCAUACACCGCGCCAUGCUGACACACGAGCGACACAACAAUGUUCACGGCUAUGUGCACCACAUUGCCUACAACGAGGCCGUCAGCAGCCUCAUCGAGAAUGACCGUUUGCACCGUCCCAAGGGCGCCUGGACAAAGCCUGCCUAUAUCAUGUCCAUUCUGGUUGCCGAGCUUCAGAAGCCUGACGAGGAGAGACUGAAAUGGGUUUUUUGGUUCGAUGCCGAUACCGCCAUCAUGAACUUCCAAACUCCGCUCCACACCUUCCUUCCGCCAGGCGAUCUAAACGGCAUCGAGAAUGUCGACCUCCUUAUCGCGUCCAACUGGGACGGACUCAACUCGGGCGUCUUCGCCCUGCGCGUCAGCCCCUGGUCCGUGUCGUUCAUGUCGGCCGUCCUAGCAUACCCGAUAUACGAACCCGCCAAACUUGCCAAGAAUAAAUUCCGCGACCAGAGCGCCAUCCAGUACAUCCUGGAGGAUAAGGCCUCUCCACUUGCCGCAACACCGAUGAAGAGCAAGGACCACUGGGUUCAGGUACCCAUGCGAUGGUUCAAUGCGUUACCCGUCAACAACGCCUUUUACAAAAACGGCACUUGGUUGUUUGGCAAGAACAUGACCAAGGAACAAUUUGAUGACGGCACCGAAAAUGUGUUCGACGACGGCCACGGCGGCAAGCUCAACGCCUGGAAGAUCAUGCAAGGCGACCUGGCGGUGCACUUUGCCGGGUCAUCCAACGUGAGAGACAGCUGGAUGACUCCCUGGCUUGACAGGGCCGAAGCCGGGCUUCCCGCAUGGAAUAAUGCCACCGCCUGGAUCGCGAUGAGCGACUCCAUCCGCGACUUUUGGGUCAAGACGGACGACGAGAUGGCGGCGCUCAGGACGAAGUCUGCCGACGAGGAGACUAAGAAGGAGAAGGAGAAAAAGGAAAAAGAGAAGCUAGAGAAGGAGAAGGCUAGGAAAGACAAGGAAGCAAAGGAACAGAAGGACAAGGAUGACAAGGCACGGAAAGAAAAGGAGAAGCUUGACAAGGCGGCACAGGAGAAGGACAAGCAGCAAAAAGAGCUACAGCAGCAGGAGCUACGAGAACAGCAACGUAAGCAAAAGGCCGAAGAUGAACUUUUGGCGACAGACGACAAACCAAAACACUCGGCCGGCAAGGUGCUGCUCGUGGACACGACAAAGUUUGACAAGGGCGGCCAAGCACCGACGCUAGCCCCAACAACGUCUGUGGCGCUUGGGCAAGCACCGAGCGUCUCGUUGCCAACAGCGGCGGCAGCAACAACGGGCGGCAAAGACGGCGGAAACAAUCUUUAA